UUGCAACGUGUAAACCACCAGCCAUUUAGAAACACUUUGUUGUGUUGCGCUUCCCUUUCUCUGCUCUUGAACCAUUAAAAUGUGAACUUAAAAACAAGAACCUGGUUAGAACAAGAACCGAUAUCGAACAGAAGCGUUUAUCAGCACUAACACAACUAUGGAUUCCAGAGCCAUUGUGCUUGUUUUCUUCUACGGGCAGCUGUGGUGGAACCUAUCAACUACACUUCCGAUCACUACCACUGCAGUAGUUGGCCCUGGUGGAAAAAACCCCAUACAUUCAUAUGAAACAAGCAAACCUGGAGACCCUACAAAAUUCAACCAGCAAACAUCCACCACACAGCCCCAGGUUCCUGCAGCAGAACCCCCCAAACCUCAUGAUGGUGGACACUUCAUAGCAGCGGUACUAAUUGGGGUCAUCCUGACUGUCAUGAUUGUAAUUAUUGUUGGCAUCUUCCUAUGGAGGCGAUGGAGAAGGUCCGCUACACCUGUCCCACACUGGGCAGGCCGUUCCCCAUUUGCGGAUGGAGAAGUACCAGAUAUGACUGCGGAUAAAGAACCUAUUCAAGACACGAGGCGGACUUCAGUUCUCUCCUUCUUGCCUUGGAAAUUCAACAAGGAUACGCAGCUAUUGGAAAAUGUGGAGGGACAGUUGUCUGAAUCAAGCCAAGGUCCGGAUGUUCUCCCUACAUGUGGUGCUGAAGAGAGUGGCACGCAGUCAAGCUCCACAGCAACAGCUUCUUCUGCAAGCAUGCAAACUGCUGUUUCUGAAGAACCAAGCAGCUUGAUCGAUGUUCCACUCCAGUCUGAUAGUCCAGAGCCACUUGAUCUGCCUCCACCACCAAACUGGCUUGAUGGAGUUAAUGAGGAUCUCUGUCCAAAGCAGACAGAGUCCAUCUCACUUGAACCAAAUGCAGAGAUCCAGUGUUCUGGAUCCCUAGUUCUCUCCCAUCAAAUUCCAGGUGAAGAACUGCUACUACCACCUCCUCCAGAAGACUUAUUAUCUAACUGAUUUAAAGGAGGAAAAUGUUUAGGGAAACAAACCAAUCAAAGAAAAAGGCCAAAAACCUAUCAAAUGCUGUUAGCCUCUAGUUUUUUUGUGAGCAAAAGGUAGCCCCAUUGCCUUUUUCAUGUGAGAACACAAG